UUCAUAUGGAUAAGGAAAAGUCAUUGACUGUCGUCUCGUCUGCAAUGAUCAAUGGAAGUAGGAAUGGCUCGUUGGUGUUUCUCUCUCGAAUUCACUCUUCCACGACGAUGCUCCGAUGGUGAGACACUCUCUGUUUUCGAUCCGAAAGCAGCAGAGUUAUAAGGUUCUUCCACAGCGUCAAGUGUUUGUGGUUGAAGCCAAGGGCAAAAAGGGAAUGAUGUCUCGUCAAUUUCAGCGCAAUUCUCCUCCUCCUUUACCCAAGAUUGAAGACGAUGGCAAUCCCAAAUUCGUCAUCUUCAUUCGCAUGGCCAAUUAUCGUAUCAGGCAGCACCACUGCUAAAAUAAUGGUACAAAGACACCCUUGAUAGAAAUCUCGCUGCUGUUAUCUACAGAGAUGAAAAGGAGGUACAGAAAUCUGCAUGCAAACAGUACCGUGUAUUGCGAUCAGCUACUGAUUUCAGAUACGGCUACAAACUUCUUCAGGGUUGCGGGAUCGAUUUCCUACGGCAAGGACAGUGCAAGAAAUGAUGGAGACGAUGGAGAGAAUGAUGGAGGACCCUUUUGCUUUCAGCACACUUGAAUGGCCUUCAUCACCCCUUCCAAGUGAGGGAGUGGGAGGGUAUCGAAGAAGGGGAAGGGCACCAUGGGAAAUUGAAGAGUGUGAGGGUGAAUACAAGAUGAGGUUUGAUAUGCCUGGGAUGAACAAGGAGGAUGUGAAGGUGUGGGUGGAGGAAAAGAUGCUUGUGGUCAAGGCUGAGAAGGCACCAAAAAAGAAGCAAGAGAAUGAGAUUGUGGAAUUACAACAAGAGGAAGAGGAAUGGUCUGCUAAGAGUUAUGGUAGGUACAGCAGUAGGAUUGCUUUGCCUGAUAAUGUGCAGUUUGAGAAUAUAAAGGCAGAGGUUAAGGAUGGUGUGCUCUACAUAACCAUACCCAAGGCUAUCAGCUGCUCCUGCAUCCUUGAUAUCCAAGUUCAAUGAUUCAUUUUGUUUUUAUGGUCUUUAUAUAGUUUGAUAGAAAGAUUUCCUUUAAAAAAUAGUGAAAUGUGUAGAUAUAUUUUUUUUUAACCAAGUUUAAUAUUUAUUAUACUUUUUUUCA